GCGAAUAUGGCUGGCACCACGGCUUUUCUGGGCCACGUCUUGUUGGGACUGGUUCUGAUGAACACCGUCAUCGCAGCCUCUGAAGGAAAACAAAGUGUUGCAGAAGGACGAUGGGAUAUGACCUUGGCCAUUGAGAGACUUUUACACCACUACGAUCUGCGAAUACGCCCCAAUUUUAGAGGUGCUCCGGUUAAAGUUGGGGUCCUUGUAGAUGUCAUCAGCAUAGACAGCAUUUCAGAUGUUAAUAUGGAGUACACUGUGUCUUACGACAUCCGGCAGUCUUGGGUGGACGAGAGGCUGGACUUCCGCCAUCUGUACGACGGAGAGAAGAUGACGUUUGAAGGGGAGACCACCCUGCGGAUCUGGCGGCCUGACACGUUCAUCAAGAACGGGCGCGGCUCCAGGUUCCACGACGUCACCAUCGGGCAGCAGCUCAUGCACAUCUUCAAUAAUGGAAGCGUCAUUUAUAAACUAAGAUUAACAACCACUGCCUCUUGUUGGAUGAAGAUGCACAUGUACCCACUGGAUGCCCAAAACUGCACACUACAGUUUGAAACAUACGGUUAUACGACGGAAGAUUUAGUGUACUACUGGCUCUGGGGAUUUGACUCCGUGCGAGGGUUUGAAAAUGUUGAGUUGCCUCACUUUGACCUGGGCGGUUAUGACACCCACGAGACAGCGGCACAGUACACCACAGGACAGUUUUCUGGGCUUGCUCUUUCCUUCGUGAUUCGACGGAACAUGGGAUACUUCAUAUCGGAGACGUAUCUCCCGUCAUGCCUUGUGGUGGCUGUUUCCUGGGUCUCGUUUUGGAUCAGUCCUGAUGCCUCUGCUGCGCGGGUUCUUCUGGGCAUCAUGACUGUGCUGACUAUGACAAAUCUCGACGCCACGGUACGUCAAGGACUCCCCAAGAUCUCUUACGUGAAGGCCAUUGACGUGUACUUGGUGGGGUGUCUCAUUUUUGUUUUCGGCGCGUUGCUGGAGUAUGCCGCCGUCAACUACCACUACCACACCGCCACCAUGAAGAGAAGAAAGAAGGAAGGUGUCAGGCGAAAGUGGAGAAGACUUGCUUACAGUCGAAGCUUCCAGGAGGAGCAAAACGGAGACCUGAUGGAGAUGGGGAGAGUACAGCCGGCAGGAGGGAUUAUACAUCAGAUGGAAGAUUCGGACGACUCGGACGACAUCGUAGAUCUCACCUCAACUGGUAAAAUAAGAAGGCGCCUUCGAGUGAUGGACUUCGUCAACGACGAAGGUAACGGGGGAGAUCCCAAAGACAUCGAAAUUAUCGAAGAGACUAUUGAAAGAACGACAGCCCCAAAGAAAGUACCAGAUAAAGAGGUGAAUUGUGCUUCAAGAUCGAGACUAAACGAGACUACCAUCAGGAGUUGCGGAGGGGAUUGUUGCCCUGAUUGCAAGACGCCGUUUGGGAUAGAGAAAAUACCAGGCGUAAAAGGGAUAAAGCGGAAAGGGCCACACAGAUAUUACGUUGACGUGGCGGAUGUAGUGGGGCAUUCUUACUCCAAAUUCGCCCGAAAACACGGCGUCUCAUUUGGACGGAGGUACCCGGAUGCUGAUGACGUAGAAGAUGAUGACGUCAGAACAAUAACCAGAAACGGACGGAUCAGGAGCAUGCGCGGUGGUGAAGAAUUCGCAACCAGCGACCGGUUCGGGUUUGUAAAGGCAGCGACGUUCCCCUCAAGACCAAGAAGAGCACAGUCCGAGAAACGGCGUGAUAGUUUAGGAAACGCCGCUGGAUUUUCAGGUAACAGACGAAGAAAUUCUAUGAGUGAAGAUCCGGCUCGCAACGAAGAGCCGCGAAGGAACUCAUUCAUCCAGUCUUUGGACAUGGGAAGACUCGGGUGGUUCCGAACAUUUGGAGGAAGAUUGUCUCUCUCUGAGAUCACCGAAAGACUCAUCAAAGAUGAAAACGUGAACCGAAUAGACAAAAUUUCAAGAAUCAUGUUUCCUUUUACCUUCGUAGUGUUGAACAUCAUUUACUGGGCAGCCACAUAUGCAUAA